AUGGAUCUGUCCAUCACCGUUUGGAUGGACUCGUCGCUUUGGGGAGACGAAGAUACAUCCAAGAUGGACGCGCUCCAAGAAGGCCUCUUUGUAGGCAUCGUCCGUGUCCGUAGCCUUAGCUUGCACGUUCCAAUGGAGGAGGAUGCGCGUUGGUUCAAUCAGGUCAUAGGCUUGCUCGGAGGAGACGCGCUAUCAGACCUGAAGUCGGUCGAAAUUGACGGGUUUCUGUCAUCCAGAUCAGAGUCGGGCGACGGUGCCGUUGCACUGGACAUGUUCUCUACGCUGUCACCGCGCCUUGAAAAACUAACGGUCUGUUGUCUCUGGUGUCGCUGGCCAUCGUCUCCGUUUGAAAAAUUGGCGGUGCUUGAGGUCGACUGGUUUACACGGGUCCAAGGCGCGGACGAAUGGCGCAACCUAUCACAUUGUCAAAAUCUCCAAGAAAUGUGUUUACAUUUCCAAGAGGAGCGGGACCAGAUUCAGCAUGUAUACGCGGACGUCAAGUUCCCUCUGCUUCGCAAGCUGGUCAUACACAGCACCGAGAACGCUGCCAACAGCAUGGUCGGCGCCAACUUGUUCGAGCGUAUCAACUGCCCCUCCCUACGGACCCUUCACUUCUACUCCACCAAAGGGUAUUACCGGCCCUUCAUGCUGGCCAUAACGAAAUCCAAGCGGACUUAUGCGACCGUGGAGAGCCUGCGGAUAGACUGGGACUUUCCGUGUACGGAUCUGAUGACACACUUCCCGGCCCUCGAUAAGCUGAUCAUUGCACCUGGUCGCAAGGCCGAGGAUAUCCGCAGUCGGCCAACCGGCUGCGACAGCAUACUAAACAACCGAGUCCAAGGGGCGCUUGGUUCGUGGCCACGUUGUCGCGUUCUUGACCUGCGAGAGAUCGCGUGUUGGUAUCCGUCCAGCUAUCGGUGCGUCUACAACGAGCUGACGAAGAAGCGCAACGUCGGACGGCCGAAGAUCACGCUCAUUCUUCCUCCUUGGGGCCCUAAGCGGUGCAUGGAACAUGGCUUGUGGGAGCAACUGGUGCAGAAGACGCGAGUCACUAGCUCGGACUUGAAAUACCAUUGA